AUAAGUGCCACGGACAAACCGGGAGAUAAACGGAGGCACGCGACUGCCGCAUUACUUAGGGAGAUUGAACAUCUCAGACAUGGGAAACGCUGUGCCAAGCGCGGGCUGCCAUCUGAUCCGACCCUGCGCUGCAUAACGUAGGCUACCAGAGGCUGAAUGAAUAACCAUGGCAACAGCAGCAGCAGUACAAGCGGUGAGCAGCUUAUGCCUAAACCAAUAUAAACACUGAGUGAUCAAGUCAUCCUCUCGCCGGUCGCUCAAACGUUCGUCUCGAACAGUAAAGCGAAAACGCUGAACUCAAUGACAGGAGGGAAGUGACUCGGAGUGAAAGUGGAGAUCAUUGCGUAGAGGUGUCGCACCACAGCCCUGUGGCAGGUGAUGGAAUAGAUCAUGUCUGAAGUCCAGGGGACCGUGGAGUUUUCAGUGGAGCUGCACAAAUUUCACAAUGUGGAUCUAUUUCAGCGCGGAUUCUACCAGGUGCGCGUCAGAUUAAAGGUCUCACCUCGAGUGCCACACAGGUUGAUUGUGACAACACCUGGAAACACAGGAGAAUGCAGCUUCAGCGCGGCAGGGGUCCACGACGGCGGCGUCUUCAGCAGAAUAUUCCAGAUCCUCUAUCGGAACGAGGAGAUCAACCUCAACGACAUCAUGAACUUCAGAGUGCAUCUCCUGUUGGAUGGAGAGAGGGUGGAAGAGGCCCUGAGCGAAGUGGACUUCCAGCUGAAGCUCGACCUGCACUUUACUGACACUGAGCAACAGCUGGGGGACAUUGCGGCGGUUCCCCUGAUCAGCACCAGAACUCUGGGCCUGCACCUCCAGCCCCGCCGCGGCCUCCACCACCACGUGCCCGUCAUGUUCGACUACUUCCACCUGUCCGUCAUCUCUGUCACCGUCCACGCCUCUCUGGUCGCACUCCACCAGCCACUCAUCAGUUUUGCGCGCUCAGGGAGAGGGGCCUGGAUGGGGAAGGGCUCUCCAGAGAACAGCAGCGACGCCUCCACCAUGUCCAUGGAGAACCUGAUGUUUGGGGCAGGAUACUGCAAGCCAGUCCUCACAGAGGGGAGUUUUUACGUGCCGUCGGAGAACUGCCUACAGAAGGCUCACACGUGGCACCGGAGGCUGUGCCGCCUGCUGCUCGUGGCACACCGAGGCCUGCGGACACACCACGCCUCCCUCGCCAAGGCCUGCCCCGAGCUGCCGCCACUGGACGCCGAGGAACUUCCCAUUGAGGAGACCCUGAAUCAACUCUCUAUAGAGCUGCAGCUCCAGGGUGGGCAUGAGAAAGUGGCGGAGCAGAUCAGCAGAGAUCUGUCCCAACUGUGUGCCCACCUGGCGGCUCUGUGGGCCCAGUUCCUGGAGGCGGCGGUGCCCAACGCCCUGGUACUGGCCCACCUCACGCAGGAGCACCACACGCUGAGGGUCAGACGCUUCUCUGAGGCCUACUUCUUCACUGAACACCCAAAGGAGUUGUCUCUAACCUUUCAGGAAGAUCUGAUAAACAGACACAGCCAGGUAGCAGGGGAGGUGCGGAGCUCAGACUACCUGACCAGGAUGCCCCCGCUGCCGGUGGAGUGCCUGGACAUCGACGGGGACUGGAACAGCUUGCCCAUCAUCUUUGAAGACAGAUAUGUGGAGUGUCCGAGAGUGGAGUGGAAACCACAAGUGCCAACACCACACGACACCGACAAGCCUCCAGCACCCGCUGAUCCUCCCACUGCUGCUGCCAACGGAGAUGCCCGUCUGCAAGCGGCGCGGGGCAGCGACUCACCUGAUGCUCCUGAGGAGCGGCCAGAGACCGAGGACUGCGCAGACCUGCCCGCUGAUACACGCCCGGCAGGACACGAGACGGAAGUGUGUGAACCUUGCGGGGACCACGCAGGAAACCAGGUUUGCGGGGACCAAACUGAGCUGACUUGUGGGGACGUUACGCCACCGUUGUCUUACACACUCGAAGAGGAAGAUGAGGCAGAGAUAGAGUUGGAGAAGGAUGCAGAAUCACCUGGCAGCCCCAAGACUGGCCUUAGGUAUAUCAGCGUCAGGCCCAGCGAUGUGGACCCUUUCAAGGGCGAGACUGUCCACAUCAUCCAGCCUGACCAAACGCGCCCAGACCUCCUAAACGCUAUCAUCCCAGAGAGUGUGCAUGCGUCAUGGGAGGAGGAACCCAGAGCCAAAGUAGAUCCGCCCGUUGCUGAGAAAGACCCGCCUGAGGGAGUGGGUUUAGAGGAUGGGGACAUAAUCAACAGUUCUCUUGAGACACUCUCAAAGGAUAUUGGGAAUGACGAGGGUGACGAGGGGGACAGUGUGAUUGACACCCUGCCGAUCCAAUCCACGACUCAAGUCCCGCCCACGAUCCAUCCCAGCACGCCCCCGCUGUACCCUGAUAGGCGGAGAGCGGAGGACCGCCUCCAGCUCGGGGGCUCCAAGAUCAUGAAGCGCUCCUCGUCCGUCAUCUCGGACUCGGGCAUCGAGAGCGAGCCCAGCUCGGUGGCCUGGUCGUCGGAGGCGCGGGUGGGUCGGACCGGGGGGGUCGGCGAGGCCGUGCUCCUGCUCCAGCAGGCCGGGGGGGCCAGGGGGGGUCACCACCGGGCGGCGGGUCACCCGGGCUCCCUGGAGGGCCUGCAGACGGAGAGCCACGGCAGCCUGCCCAGCGGCACGCAGGCCUCGCUCACCUCCAUCAGCUCGCUGCCCUACGAGGAGGACGACGCCCGGCGCACGCUCAGCCUCAGCACGCUCACUAAGUCGGCCUCGGCGCCGCACAUCAGCAGCCCGGACGACACCGAGGACGACCCGGAGGCGCUGGACGGCGGCGACGACGCGGAAGAGUUCGAGGCCCGGAUGAACGUCGAGCGGCAGGACAACGACGAGAGGGAUGAGGAGGACGGGACGAGCGAGGCGACCAGUGGAAUCGAGCUGGACGAAGAAAGCCAACCCGCCAGACUGACAGGAAACUGCCCAGUGAGCACGGAGUCCACACUCGUGCCCCUAUGGGACCAACUGGACGGGGGUCUGCUGGACGAUACCCACUUAGCAUGGCAUGUAAACCCAAUGCAAGCGGAUGCACUUGAUUCCAAAGACACAGCCCAGAGUCCUGAUGAUGCAGGAGUGUUUCCAGGUCAGGUGGACUUGGACGCCAUGUCAAUAUUGAGCACUGUCCCCGAAGAACUGAUGUUCCAGCACUUUAUGUCAGGCCAGGGGAUCCAGGAGGCUAAGAUCGCGACGGAGGAGUGUUUGGAAGACUCCAGCGCAUCAUCUGACGCAGAGGUGGAACUCUGCGAGUGUGAAACUGAGGCGUGUGAGCACAAGGUGGUGCUGGAUUUAACGGCGCCCGCAGACGCUGUCAGUGACAACCGUUCACAGGCACGGCUCCCAGAGGAAGGACAGAAUUUUCCGGAACGGCAUCUGAAUUCGCUCGGAAAAAGAGCCGACGGCUUCUUGCCUGCGGCAGGCGAAACCGAACCGGGCAGCGAUCCGAAAGACGUGACACCGUCCAGCGACACCGCAGAGCUCGCGUCCACCGAGAGGCAGAGGUGCAGCGACCUCAUAGGCCUGGCCGGUCGCGCCGCCCGGGAGGCCCAGCAGACGACAAACGGAGGCGAAAAAGCCGCGACGGCGUCUCCCAGCUCCGGCCUGUCCUUCGUGAACAAGAAGGUGGUGGAGGUGGUCAACAUGUCCGUCUCGUGCGCCCCCACCUGCCUGCCCUUCUCCUCGGUGCUGCGCGACUCGCCCUCCAUCAGCGGCAUCUCGGCGCGGCAGGCCACCUCGCCCAUUACCCAUCAGCCCCUGGGCUCCUUCACCAUCCUCUCGUCCACCUCGACGUUGGAGAGCUCGGACGAGGAGACCAAUGAGCGGAUGCUCUAUUUCUACAAGGCUAAAGAGGAUCUGCUGAAAGAGCUGAACUUCCAGGCCACACUCUACAGUGACCUGCCCCACCUGGCCUCUCACCUGCCCUACUUUCCCCCAGAGGAGGACGAGGAGGAGUUUGAGGACGGCAUCCAUCUUGUUGUUUGCGUUCACGGCCUUGAUGGCAACAGUGCAGACCUGCGUCUGGUGAAGACCUUCAUAGAGCUGGGCUUGCCAGGAUCCCGCCUGGACUUCCUCAUGUCGGAACGCAACCAGACGGACACGUUUGCAGACUUUGACACAAUGACAGACAGGCUUCUAGAUGAAAUCAUUCAGCAUAUUCAGCUCUACAAUCUCACCAUCAACAGGAUCAGUUUCAUCGGACACUCCCUGGGCAAUGUGAUCAUCCGCUCGGUUCUCACGCGUCCCCGGUUCCGGUGCUACCUAUGCAAGCUCCACACGUUCCUCUCCCUCUCCGGCCCUCACCUCGGAACCCUGUACAACAACAGCACGCUCGUUAGCACAGGCCUGUGGCUGAUGCAGAAGCUCAAGAAAUCCGGCUCCCUCCUCCAGCUCACGUUUCGAGAUCACACCGACCCACGCAAAACCUUCCUCUACCUGCUUAGCCAGAAACCAGGGCUCCAGUUCUUCAAGAACGUGGUGCUGGUGGCAUCUCCCCAGGACCGUUACGUUCCGUUCCACUCCGCCCGCAUCGAGAUGUGCAGAACAGCUCUCCGGGACCGCACGACAGGCCCCGUCUACACAGAGAUGAUCAACAACCUGCUGCAGCCGUUGCUGGGCUCCAAGGACUGCCGCCUCAUCCGACACAACGUGUUCCACGCACUGCCCAACACCGCCAACACGCUCAUCGGCCGCGCCGCCCACAUCGCCGUCCUCGACUCCGAGCUCUUUCUGGAAAAGUUCUUCCUGGUGGCCGGGCUCGACUACUUCAAAUAGACGCGUCGCACGCCAUCGCCAGGUUCUGUUUCGGCCAGCGCUGCUCUCCGCUGGGUCUACAAAGCUCAGUAAUCAAACGCCAAGUGGUAAAUAAAAUAAAACGAAGUGUGUAUUAUAUGGUAAA